AUGAGUCACCAUGAUGGACGUGACAGUCCAAGGGUCACUAUCAUGCUACUACUUCCCGUCUGGUUGUUUUUUCCUUCUUUGUUAGAACUAACGAUUGCAAUGCAAGGUAGCACUUUUCAUCGAAGUCCAACAAGCCACAUUUCUUAUGGCAAUUUCAGGCGCGAUGCCUUUCACUACUUACAGGCUGAAAACCUUACAUCCGUCAUGGUGGAAAAUGAGUCAGAAUGCAUCUUUCUUUGUGUUGAAGAAACAAAGUGUUAUUCGUUGAACUUGGCAGUGUAUCCUGACUCCAAAGGUCUUCAUCUGUGUGAAUUGUUGGCUACUGACAAGUACAAAGCGGCUAAACACUUCCUUGCAAAUGAUACUUUCCAUCAUCACAGACCGUGGUCUCCAUGCGAAAGCGCUCCUUGUAAGAACAGUGCUGGCUGUAUUACUGACUAUGAACUGAACUCCUAUCACUGUAACUGUGAACCUGGAUUUUUCGGAACUCACUGCGAACGAGGAGAGAGCGGAAUACGAAGUUCCGGUGACUUCUGUGUGGCGCCAAAUAGAGGAGGUUGUUCCCCUCCUGACGGCAGUUAUCUCAUCUUCACCAAAAAGGACGGCACGGCUUGUAAUGCAACCGAUCAAAUUUUUAUUCUCGACCAGGAUGGAGUUAUUUAUCACAAGUGCAGCACGAAAAAAGUUUGUCCACAGGACAAUAACCCUACCAAGGGAAAGAAACUUAUGUUAAAAGAUGAAUGCCAUCUAAAUAUUUCAAGGCAUGUCAGGCUGCCGACACACAAUAACCUGAAGAAUUUGAAGAACAAUUUCUGUGUUCAUCCAGACGGUGGAUGGCCUAGGGAGAGAAUACAGUUGGUAUACUGGCCAGGGUGUGGCGAAGAAAGAUUGAAGCUCAACUUCUUUGAGCUUGGUGCAUCAACUGCCUGAAUCUCAGUCCGGAGAAAUAUUUAUUCGCGUAGUUAUAUUAGCAUAGUGAUAUCAUACCAAUUGCUAUGGAAGCUGCUGCAAACUUGAAGAUAGAUAAUAAAG